AUGCCGAACGAUACUGAGACAACGAAGUUAAAGAAGAAAAGAGUCAGAUCUAAACGGAAACGAUUUGUGAGUAAGAAUUUAAAGUGGACGCGUGGAGAUGCCCAAGUUCCUGGUAACACAUUUGUAAACUCCGAAAAUUCUACUCUCAUCCAAGACUCUGAAACGUCUAAUGAAAAAUUUAAUAUAAGUCAGAGAAUUGAAACCGACGAACUGGCAAAAAAAAAUUCCGAUCCACCUGAAACUAUAGAGAGUACAAAACCUGAAGUAAAACAGAUAGAAACCUUACCUGUCAGGAAUAUUCAAACAAUUGAAUCUGUACAAAAAGGCAAAAUUAAAAAAGAUACUGGCUACACAAGGAAUAUACAAAUACACAUGAACAAUGCAGAUAAGCCAAAGGGAAAACCGAUACCAUAUAUCACAAAUCGCUCUAAAGGAAUACCUAAUUCAUUUCUGCGUGUACAAAAUAUCACUGCUAUAGUUCCUCAAAAUACUGUUGGCCAGGAAUCAACUUUAACUAAAAAGCAUGAACCAGUCUGGUCCUUAAAUAAUUUAACUGAAAAUGACAGUACAAGCAAAGAGCCUUUGAGAGACUCAAUACCAACAUAUUCUCAAGCUUCAUUGGGUCAACUCUCUACGAUUUAUGGCCAAGCAGUACCUAUGAAUAAUCAACCUAUGCCUGUUUUUGUACCUCCAACCCAUCAAAUGCUAGGCCUUCAUCAGCAAAUUAUCAAUCAACCUGCAGGAAUGUUUGGACAACCAAUGCAAAUGUAUGCCCAGCCAACACAGCUUUAUAAUCAACAGAUGACACCAAAUUUCACAUAUUCAACUCCAGUUUUUGAACCAGCUCAGCCAACUCAACAUAUGUAUGUGGCCCCUAAUGCUAUGUUAGUGGACGUAGAUAAUAAUAUGAUUGCUACCCCAAAGGAGCAAUAUUCACCAACUGAUAUUUAUAACAAUAUCAAUGAAGAAGUGAAAGACAAUGAUAAUGAUUCAACAAAAUCAGAUUCUCCUGUUUUUUCGGAAAAUAAAAAGAAGCGUCUUAGUGCAUUUGACAGAUUGGGGCCACAGACAAGUUCGAAAAAGCCUAUGUUGACAAUAAACUUAUGCCUUGGGAAAGAUUCACCGACUAGAGAAGUAGUAGAUAAAACUAAACACUUACCAGUGUAUGAAAGAGAUGAUAUCAUGACCAGCACAGACCCAACUGUUGUUAAAUUUCGCUAUUGCUGGCCCUGGAAAGGUUCAAUACCACUCAAACGCAGUGUUACUCACAGAUCUUCUAAAACAGUAAUGAUGAUGGAAAAGGAACAAGUUGAAGAAGAAUAUAAAAAUGAUAAUGUGUUCAUGAUUGUAUCGGUAAAAGGAUAUCCCCCUUCUUGGACGAAAGAGAACGUCUUGGACACUAUUUUAGAAAACCUCAAAGAUCUGAGUUUUAUUCCUUGUUUUAUUGAGUUCAGUAUACAAGAAUGCAAAUUCCUAGUUAAUAGAUGUCGAGCCGCCUUACUUGCACUACACUACCUUGGCUUCUCAAUUCGCACAGGAGACGUCGAACUUACGAUUACUAUAUCGGUAACUUUGAUGAACACCAAACAAUUGGAGUACAUACCUCGCUUAGUUAUAAGGAAUAGAUUGCAAAAUCUAUGCUUAGACGAUAAAAAGAAAGCUAAUUUAAAGGAAUUCACUUUAAAAAGCGAUGUCAGCAAUUUCAUAUAUUUCCCGCUUAAUCGUCUCUCAAAUCAAGGAGAAUUAAUGGAUCUUGUACAUGGUUUGAACUGGGACUAUUUACAGGACUUGGACCUCUCUUAUAAUCGGCUUACAUCAAUAAAGGGUUUUAACCUAUUAGAAAGACUACCUAAAUUGCAACACCUGAAUUUAUCACACAACUUGCUAGAUGACGUGAAAAUUUUGUUACCACUGCGUGGAUUGUUAUUAAAGACAUUGUGGCUUGAGAAUAAUCCCCUAUGCUUAAACUAUGUCGAUGGAGAUUACUACAUUAAAGUUAUCAAAACUCUUUUCCCUUGCUUAAGAGAAUUGGACGGCGUUUUUAUCCCGCGUAGAGGCGAAAUGCCGAAGUUCAUACAACACUAUUGCCUACAAGAUGCGCGGCCUAUGAUAGAAGAUUUUCUGGAAAUAUAUUUUAGAUUGCUAGAUUUGGAUCCCGACCAACGGAACGCUAUUGAGGGCUUGUAUCAUAAGGACGCUAUGCUUACUGUUACAAGUAGAAAAAAGUUACGUUACAGCCAGGAUUACAGUCAACUAAGGCACCUGUUUCUACGUAAUCGCUGUAUAGAAGAAGGCAAUUUGGACUACGUCUUGGGUCCAGAAAAGAUAAGCAAACUUAUUCUAAAGUGGCCCACGCUGCAACACGAUCCGCAUUCAUGUACCGUGGAUGUUUUAAUGCAUAAUAAAUCGUCGACUUUAUUACGUGUUACUGGCAUCUUGAAGAUAAGAGCUACGUGCUUAGCGGACGACGAGCAGUUGAUCUCCUUCACUAGAACAGUUUUGCUGGUCUGUGAGGACGAUCUUGAGUAUAAAAUCAAAAAUGAAAUGCUCUACUUUGAUGAACCUAAUAAGGAGAUCGCUGAUAACUCUUUCAGAGUAGCCAUAGUAAGUGAUAUUUUUAACAACUUUUACUACUUCUAA